UGCGGGGCUGGCUCUGGCCCCGCCCUCGCUCAGCCGCCCCACGGCAUGGACUUACCGGUCCCCCUGAUGGCAGAGGAGGUGGUGGAGCUGUACCGGGAGCUGAGCGGGCACCCGAGGCUCAGCACCGCCAGCCUCGGCCCGGAUGUCACCACCCAGUAUGGGGGCAAGUACUGCAGCCUCAAUACCGUGUGGUUGCAGCGGGACCUGGCGCGGGAUGAGAACAUCAGGUUCUGCCGCCAGUACCUCAUCUUCCACGACGGGGCCUCCAUCGUCUACUCGGGACCCACCGGCACCUGCUCCGAGAUCAAGGGAGAGCUGCUAAGCCAGGAGUCCCCCAGCGGGGCCCUGAAGGCUGUUCUGCGCAAGGUGUCCAACAAGGAGAAGAAGGAGAAGCAGUUCCUGGAGGUCUGGGAUCAGAACCGCAAGGUGAAGAGCAUCGACCUGACAACACUGGACAAGCAUGGCAGCGUCUAUGAUGAUGAUGAGUUUGGCUGCCUGGCCUGGUCACACUCGGAGACCCACCUGCUCUACGUGGCGGAGAAGAAGCGUCCCAAGGCUGAGUCCUUCUUCCAGGGAAAAGAGCUGCAUGUCUCAGAUGAGGACAUGGAGCAGCCAAAGAAGGGGGAUGAACCCCUCAAGGGUGAGCAGUUCGUGUACCACGAGGACUGGGGGGAAACACUGAGCACCCGCAGCGUGCCCGUCCUCUGCGUCCUGGACAUUGAGGGCAGCAGCAUCUCGGUGCUGGAGGGUAUCCCAGAUCACCUCUCCCCUGGCCAGGCUUUUUGGUGCCCAGGUGAUACCGGCGUGGUGUUCGUGGGCUGGUGGCACGAGCCCUUCCGCCUGGGGCUGCGGCACUGCACCAACCGCCGGUCAGCGCUGUUCUACGUGGACCUGACGGGCGGGAGUUGCGAGCUGCUCUCUGAGGACACCAAGGCUGUGUGGUCCCCACGGCUCAGCCCUGACCACUGCCGCAUAGUCUACCUGGAAAAUGAUGCCAUGGGCCCCCACCAGCAGUGCAGCCGGCUCCGCAUGUACGACUGGUACACCGAAGAGACCAGCACAGUGCUGGAGGUGGUGCCGCGGCAAGUGUGGGGUGCUUUCCCGGGUAUCUACAAUGCGCUGCCAGGGCUGUGCUGGGCAGCCGACAGCCGCAGGAUCGUGCUGGAUACGGCCCAGCGCAGUCAGCAGGACGUGUUCGUGGUGGACACGGUGACGAGCGCCACAACCUCACUGACUGCUGAUGCCCCCCAGGGAUGCUGGUCUGUCCUCACCAUUGACCGGAACAUCUUGGUGGCCAGUUUCUCCACCCCUAGCUGCCCCCCAGCACUGAAAGUGGCCAUGCUGCCUGAGGCUGGCCAGGAGGCACAGGUACAGUGGAUCUGCCUGCAGGAUGUAUCCCCUGUGCCCAGUAUCAGCUGGGGCAUCCGCACCUUGCAGCCCCCACCAGAGCAGGAGAACCCCCAGUAUGCGGGCCUGGACUUCGAUGCCAUCUUGCUGCGCCCAAGCGAGGGCCCUGCUGCUCUGAAACCACCCCUGGUUGUGAUGCCCCAUGGGGGUCCCCACUCCGUCUUCACGGCUGGGUGGAUGCUGUACCCAGCAGCACUGUGCCGCAUGGGCUUUGCUGUGCUACUGGUGAAUUACCGCGGUUCACUGGGCUUUGGCCAGGACAGUGUGGCCUCGCUGCCAGGCAACGUGGGCACACAGGACGUAUGUGAUGUGCAGUUCUGUGUGGAGCGGGUGCUGCAGGAGGAGUCCCUGGACGCCAGCCGGGUGGCACUGGUGGGUGGCUCACAUGGAGGCUUCCUGGCGUGCCACCUCCUUGGCCAGUUCCCCGAUACCUACCAUGCCUGUGUGGUCCGCAACCCUGUGGUGAACAUUGCCUCCAUGGUGGGCACCACUGACAUCCCUGACUGGUGCCUGACGGAGACGGGGCUGCCCUAUGUACCCGAUGCACUCCCAGACCCAGCCCAGUGGACAGAGAUGCUGCACAAGUCCCCCAUGCGCUAUGUGAACCAGGUCCGUGCCCCCGUGCUGCUGCUGCUUGGGGAGGAUGACCGGCGUGUGCCCCCCAAGCAGGGGCUGGAGUAUUACCGUGCCCUCAAGUCCCGGGGUGUCCCCACACGGCUGCUCUGGUACCCAGGGAACAGCCACGCAUUGGCAGGCAUUGAGGCCGAAGCUGAUGGCUUCAUGAACAUAGCGCUGUGGCUGUCCAAACACCUUCGGUGCUAACAGCCACCACCAUGUCACCCCCCUCACCCCCAAUAAACAGUGUAGCUCAGCA